AUGGCGAAAUCAAAAAGUGCGUUGGCCGCAGCCUCCAAGGCCAUUGACCCCACGCUCAAUGCACUGUUCGCAUCCAGCGCUGGGCCAGUGAAGGUUCCCUCGCAACCUCGAGUUGGAGCACCGCCAAAGCCGAAAAGCUCAAACACCGAGAAACCAAACGAAGACGACGGCAAUGACAGUGGCGACGACGAAGUGCUCUCUGAAAUCAGCGAGGAGCUGGAUUAUGAUGACGAAGAGGAAGCAGACGGCGAUGUUGCUGAGGGAAAAGAUGGUGAAGACGACGAUGCCAACGACGAAGAUUCCAUGUCGGUGACAAUAGAGGCGGUCGAUGCAGCAGAGCAGGUCAAGGACAACACUCAAGAGAACAAGACGAAGCGUGAAAGAAAACGCAAGAGAAAGAAUGACAACGACGAUCUAGAAGAAAAAUACCUGGCUAAACUUGCGGAUGAUGACGAAUCAGAGCCAUCAGGCAAGCGCCAGAAAGGAGAGAGCGAAGAUGCCAAGGAUGGAGCCAGCGAAGAAGAUGAAGUCCCUGUGCACGAAUCUCUCACGCAAGAGAGCAAGCAAUCCGAGAUGGAAAAGGCCGCCCGGACCGUCUUCUUGGGCAAUGUCGCCACGGAAGCCAUCUCAUCCAAGUCGGCAAAGAAGGAACUCAUGAAACAUCUUGCUUCUGUCCUGGACAAAGAUGCAUCACCGCCACAAAAGAUUGAGUCUCUGCGUUUCCGCUCUGUAGCCUUUUCAACUGGCUCAAUGCCCAAGCGGGCAGCCUAUAUCACCAAGGCCCUGAUGGAUGCCACCACAAAAUCCACCAACGCGUACGCAGUGUUUUCAGAUCCUGCGGCUGCUCGGAAAGUGGUUGCCGAGCUCAACGGAACUGAAAUUCUGGGCCGCCACAUCAGAGUAGAUAGUGUUGCACAUCCAAGCCCGAUGAACCAUCGCAGCUGCGUGUUCGUGGGAAACCUUGGCUUUGUUGACGAUGAGACGGUCUUGAACAGAAAAGCCGACGGAGAGACAGUUGAGAAGAAACGCAACAAGGUGCCGUCGGACAUUGAAGAAGGCCUGUGGCGAACCUUUGGCACCCAAGGAAAGGUUGAAAAUGUCCGUGUCAUACGAGACUCAAAGACCAGAGUAGGCAAGGGCUUUGCCUACGUGCAGUUUUAUGACGCCAAUGAUGUUGAGGCUGCUCUUCUGCUUGACGGGAAAAAAUUCCCCCCAAUGCUUCCCCGAGCUCUUCGUGUAACAAGAGCAAAGGAUCCGCGCAAGACGGCACUGGCUGUAGAGCGGGCCAGGUCCAAGGCAGACAACGCCGACGGCGCUAGCCGCAGCACAAAAUACAAGCCCAAGGCAACUCCAGAGGAACAGGCCGCCGCUGGGCGAACUCGUAAGCUUCUGGGUCGGUCUGCAGCUGCAAAACAGCGAUUUGGCGGCAGGAAGUCAUUUUCAUCUGCCGCAAAGGGCGCUGAGGCUGGUGAUGAGAUCAAGUCUCCGGAGCGUAUCAUCUUUGAGGGACGGAGAGCGUCUGCCAAGGAUGGCCUUCCUCGGGACCUCAAAAUCGGUAAGAAGCAGCACAAGAAGAAGGCGGGCAAGCCAGCAAGGCCCCAGCACCGGGGCGCCAGAAGAGCCGCGGCGUGGCAGCAGAAGAAAUGAGCAUUGCGGUGAGCUGGAAAAGGCAGUAAUAAGACAAAGGAAAAUGGGGUUAAAAUCCUUGCCUUGGAAUGUCAGCCGGGCGUGAGUUGAUUUUCCCUGCUUCUGAAGCACCUUUAGAGGCUAUAAUAUGGGGGUUUUAGGACUCUAUAAUUCUGCGGAAAAAAAAAAUCCACUGGCGCUUACCUCAUCAUGUGAGAGGGCAGCAGCGGACGCCGCCGGGCUUUUGUUGAGGGGAAAUGCGUGUACAUGGAACGAUUCAUUUGGGGUUUCCGCUUCUCUUUUCACUCUAUAGCUAGAGCACUGUUUUUAUUUCACCUCCAUGCUACUUGUUAGAAAGGAUCAUGUAUUUUACCGCCACUGCAGGGGUAAGAAAAGGGAUAGAAGAUUGUCAUAGGCGUUUUGGGACAGGUAAAAAAAAAAUAAAAGGCACUACAGGGUACCCCC